AUGGCAGAAACAAAGGGAUAUCGCCUUGGGGUAGAUGUUGGGGGUACCUUCACAGAUAUAUGUGUCAUCACACCAGAGGGGAGGACGGUUCGUGCAAAGGUGCCAACCAACGUCACAGAUCAGAGCAUUGCAGUGAAGGAGGGGGUUGAUGAAGUCCGCAAGAUACUCAAAGACAACUACGGAUGGGAUGGGCUUUUUGAAUACAUACACCAUGGCACAACAACGGCCACUAAUGCCAUCCUAGAAGGCAAAGGUGCGAAGACUGGGCUCGUAGUAACUGCGGGCCAUAAAGAUGUUCUCGCUUUCAGGAGAUCACAGAUACCUGGUGGACUAGGUGCAUGGAUCAAUUGGCAGCAGCCUACGCCCAUAGUGCCCCUCGAGCGGACGGUUGAGGCGCCGGAGCGCAUUUCUAUCCAGGGCGAAGUCGUGCGUCCACUGGACCAAGAAAGUUUUCGAGAAAGUCUGAAAGAUCUCAAGAGGCAGAAACCUGAUGCCGUUUCCGUCAGUUUGAUCAACUCAUUUGCUAACCCAAUCCAUGAGGAGGAAGUAAGACGGGUCCUGAAAGAAGAGUUCGGCCCUGAUGUCGAGGUUGUGACAUCAACCGAGAUUCUUCCAGAAAUCCAAGAGUAUGAGCGUACUGUUACUACGACUGCAAACGCAAUCGUCAAGCCAAUCGUUAAGCGAUACAUGCAAGGCCUGGAGAAUCUCCUUGCAUCUGACACUAACACAAUACGCAUCCUCAAGUCUGACGGCGAUUUGACAUCAGUCAGUCUGGCAGGGCAACAACCAGUCAAUAUCCUGAUGAGUGGUCCAGCCGGAGGAGUCAUUGGCGUUGGCCAUGUUGUUUCUAAGAACACACCGUACAAGAACCUCAUCACCCUGGACAUGGGAGGGACUUCGACUGAUUGUGCCCUGAUCCCUGGAACCAAUGCUGUGCUCCGCCGAGAGACAAUCGUGGGCUCAUUGACUGUUAAAGCACCUUCAGUUGAUGUUCGAACGGUUGGAGCGGGAGGAGGCUCGAUUGCCAAUUACAACACAUUCACGGCCGCCCUUCGCGUUGGUCCUGAAUCCGCAGGGGCAACGCCUGGCCCUGCCUGCUAUGGCAAGGGUGGCAAUCUGGCGACAGUUACCGAUGCUAAUUUGGUGCUUGGGUAUCUCCCCACAAAAUUAUUGGGAGGAAAGUUCAGCCUGGAUGUUGAUGCAGCUGCCAAUGCUGUCAACAACAUCGCCCGUCAAAUGGGCAUGGAGGCCACACAGGCCGCUGAAGGAAUUAUUGAUCUUGUCAAUGAGACUAUGUAUGGAGCACUCCGAUUAGUCUCGGUCGAGCAAGGUUACGAUCCAAGAGAUUUCGCCCUCGUCGCCUUUGGAGGUGCUGGCCCCCUCCACGCCAAUGCAGUCGGCAAACUACUAGGUUCAUUUCCUGUCAUCAUUCCACCAGCACCUGGAAUUCUGUGCGCACAGGGCGAUGCUACUACUAAGAUGUCCCAUGAACAGUCUUGUACAUACAUUAAGCUCUUUUCGACAAUAUCAACAGAAGAUUUGCGCACGAUGUACGAUCAACUCAAGGUCAGCUGUACUGAGACUAUGAUGGAAGCUCUUGGAGAAAAGUCUCCUGCCCUCCGCAUCGCUUACCAAGCAGACAUGCGGUACAAAGGUCAAGCUCUCACUCUCACGGUUGACAUGAAUGCCGAAGACUUGGGGUCUGAGACGUCUGCCUUGCUCUCAGCACUACGCCAGAGAUUUGCAGCUGCACAUGAACAGCAAUUUAGCUUCUCACUUCCUGAUGCCAUCGAUAUUGAAAUCAUGCGCUUGCGUGUCAAAACCACGGAUGCCACUCCCGAUGUUACUAUCGAAGCUAUCGAAGCCGCUCCUGGUGCUACUCCACCAGAAUCUGCAGUAAUCUCCCGCGGCCCAAUCGUUGUGAACGGCCAAAAAGUUGAAGCUGUUGUCUGGGACCGCGCACUGAUCACCAAGAGCGGCUAUCAGGUGGAGGGGCCUUGCGUCAUAACUGAAAUGGACUCCAAUACACUAAUCUUGCCAGGCUUUGUUGGCGAGAUUGACAACAUGGGAAAUAUUCUCAUCCAGCCCAGUGAAAAAUCUGACACAUGGAGCGACGAACUCACCGACACGGCAGAUUCAGCGCGUGACUAUGUAUCGAAGAACCCACUUGUCCCAACACUCAUCGCUAGUGCACUGGGUAGCAUUCGCCGCGAAAUGGACACCCUCAUGCUUAGAUGUGCUAUGAGCCCAGCUAUAAGAGAACAGCAGGAUGAAUUCAACGUCAUAACUAACCCCCGCGGUCAGAUGCUUGUUGGUCAAUUUGGCAGUUUCAUUGGUCAAUUCCUUGAAAAUUGGAAAGGCACCAUCGAGGAGGGCGACAUCUUUGUCACAAAUGAUGUUUAUCAGACACAAGGUGCUGUAUCUCAUUUGAAUGAUGUGAUUGUGCUUUUGCCUAUCUGGUACCAUGGCAAGAUUGUCGGCUGGGCGGCCAAUUUUGGCCAUUUGACUGACGUCCAGGGCAAGGUUCCCGGUUCUAUGAGUAUUGGCGCUUCGACUAUAUUUGAGGAUGGCCUUCAGAUCCCGUCAGUUAAGCUCUACUCAAAGGGCGAGUUUAAUAGCAGCCUCCUCGAUGUCUUUAUGCGCAAUAGUAGAAUUCCCGAGUGGUUCCAAAGUGAUCUUACGGCUCUGGUUGCCGCUUGCAAAACAGCUGCUACACGAGUUUGUGAGUUAUGCGACCGUUAUGGCAUCGAGGUGUACCGCGCCGCGACCGACUACCUCUUAGAGCGCUGCCACUCAGCCAUUGGCGAGAUAAUCGAGACCAAAUUUGGCAACGAGCGCAGUAGUUUCACCGACUUCAUUGACGACAAUGGGCACGGACUAGGGCCGUGGAAUAUAUCUUGCUCUAUGCAAAAAGAGGGCAAUCGUUUAAUAUUCGAUUGGGAUGGGACCGCACCUCAGUCGAACACAACAAUCAAGAGCAUUCCUACAGAGAACAUUGAGCUCUACUUUCCCCUGAGAAUUGAAGCCAACGAGAGCGUGCCUGAUUCGGGUGGUGCAGGCUUCUAUAGAGGCGGCAACGCACAGAGAACUCUAUACCACUUCCUCUGUCAAGGUGAAGUAUCCCUCCACGAUGAUCGGUGGCUCACCAAGCCAUGGGGAGUCAAUGGUGGCGAGCCAGGCAUGCGUAGCAAGAAGGGAAUAUGGCGCAACAGUUCAUAUGGGACGGACAAGCCCGAUUAUCAGAUUUUGCCCUCCAAGAUGGAUCAUCUUGUUGUCAAACCGGGUGAUGUGCUUGAAUGGGUUACCUGGGGAGGCGGUGGUCUUGGUGAUCCUCUGACACGCCCUGCCGAGAUUGUUGCCGCAGAGGUACAUAGAAAGCUCGUUACAUUUGAGGGAGCAAGGAAGAAUUACGGUGUAGUAGUUGAUAGAGAUGACUUCUCCGUUGACACAGAAGCCACUGAGAAGUUACGAGCCAACAUGAGGGCCCAACGGCCGACGACAUGGGGAGAUCUAACAUACAAUCGCGGGGGCACUCUUAAAGAGGUAUUAGCUGAUGCAGAGAUGGAGACCGGACAGACAGCGCCAAAGCCAGUCUGGGAGGAAACACCUUAUGGGCCACAUGUGGCGCUUCCAUAUGUCAAGAACUGGUACAAGAUGAUGAGAGAACAGGAAGGAUUUAUUCUGGACGAUUUUGUAAAGGUUUGA